CCUCUCAGUCUUUGUGUGUGUGUUUUGACGUCGCUCCGAGAGGCCACGGCGCGCCGCCCCUGCGCUCCAGCUGUUUACACCGCUGUCCGCCUGCUGCCUCUCAGCCCCUCGCUGUUGCUGCUGCUGCCCUCAUUUCAUUUUCAAUGCAGCAGCGACCAUGACAGGCAUCGCCGCUGCUUCUUUCUUUUCCAACACUUGCAGGUUCGGGGGCUGCGGACUUCACUUCGAGUCUCUGGCCGAGCUCAUCGUGCACAUCGAGGAUAACCACAUCGACACGGACCCUCGUCUUUUGGAGAAGCAGGAGCAGCAGCAGCCUACCUACGUUGCUCUCAGCUACAUCAACAGGUUCAUGACAGAUGCCGCUCGGCGAGAGCACGAGGCUCUGAAGAAGAAGGUGCAGCCCAAGUUAUCUCUGUCUUUGACAGGCAGUCUGUCUCGCAGCAGUGUGUCCACCCCCCCUCGCCACGCCAGUGGCAAUCUCACCCCUCCGGUUACCCCACCCAUCACCCCUUCCUCCUCCUUCCGCAGCAGUACACCUACAGGUAGUGAGUGUGAUGAAGAGGAGGUAGACUACGAGGAGUCUGACAGCGAUGAGUCGUGGACCACAGAGAGCGCCAUCAGCUCCGAGUCCAUCCUCAGUUCCAUGUGCAUGAACGGAGGGGACGAGAAGCCUUUCGCCUGCCCUGUCCCAGGCUGUAAAAAGAGAUACAAGAAUGUGAACGGGAUCAAAUACCAUGCCAAGAAUGGCCACCGAACCCAGAUAAGGGUGCGCAAACCCUUCAAGUGCCGAUGUGGGAAGAGCUACAAAACGUCUCAGGGUCUCCGCCACCACACCAUCAACUUCCACCCGCCCGUCUCUGCUGACAUCAUCCGUAAGAUGCAGCAGUAGAUCAACCAGCACCCUUCAAGACACUUCCCUACAUCUGAACACCACCAUCACCAGCAACGGCUGUUUGACAUUCCACCUCCUUCCCGUCAUCCCUCAAUCCCUGCCCUUCUCCUCCUCUUUCUCUGUCUCCCUCUCUUUCUCCCAUUCCUUUAACCUCUCUACCAACACUACGUCUUGAUUGCAUGCUUUAAACGUAUUUUUAUUCAUCUUUGUUAUUAUUAUUUGGAAUGUUGCAUCUUUAUGUAGUUCACAGUUUUGUAUUUUUGCACAUUUAAACUAUCAUUCAUCUAUUUGAAUUUGUUUUUUGACUUGUGGUGCUCUUUAUUGGAGGGCAUGUUGUAGAUGAAAGAAUGGCUACAUCAGGAGUAGCCUAAUGUGUGGAUAUCUUGCUUUGGAGGCAGCGUAAUGGCAGAGGAAUGAAAGCAAAGAUUGGAUUUUUUUUUUUUUUUUUUUUUUAAGAGAAAGGACACAUCACUACCGUACCUCUGUCAUUCCAACCCAGGGUCUCAUGUGAGCCUAAAAAGAGGACACAGGUGAAGGAAAUACAAUCCGAAUGUGUGUAAUAUAACAUCAGAUAUCCAACCUGAAACUAAAAAAGGUUUGUAUAUAGGUUAUCCUGCUUUCUCCUUUGAAUUUAAUGUUUAUAAUCAGGUGUUGGACUUUGUUACGAUUCUUUUCAUAUCGCUGAAGUGCAAGAUAGACUUCACAAGUAUUCUAGACCUACUCCUCUCUGUCUGCAAACAUGUUUGUGUUAGCACCAACAGAUGAUCUCAGGUGAUGUUCGCAAGCAUUUCAGCACCACAAGCCUGCCCAAGUGUUCUGACGGUAUUUACAGUCUCUGAUGCUGUUCUUUGAAUCAUGGGAGCACCGUGUCAUUGUUCCUGGUAUUCCUGGUCACUUUCCUACCGAGUUAAGCAGUUUCCCUUGCUAUUUUGUGGUGAGGGAUUAAAGCACUUUUUAUAAGCAGUUGCCAACAAAUUUGCAUUUUGUUGCCAAUAUCUCGCUUUUGGUGUAUGUACAGUAGUUACUGAAAUGGGGCAAGCUCUGCAAGUUUGACAUUGCUCCGAGGAGAGAGCUACACCAAACCUCCAGUAUUUCCUUAUUGUUGUAAGAUUUCUACAGUAUAUCUUAUUGCCUUCAAUUGUAGACCACAGCAUUCCAGCCCGAUACAGCUCUUUGAAUGACUUCAUUUUGACAAUUGAGGCAUAUUUAGCCUAACACAGACAUUCUUCAAAGACAGCUCAGUCCAGAUUGCGAGCUGUUUCUCCUAUCUUUGAAUGGUUCCUGGUCUUAUAAAAUUGUGCGAUUAUCCUUGUUAAGGCAAAAAAAAAAAAAAAAAAAAAAGGAGACCGACAUUAACCAUGUAUUUCCACUCACUGCAUCCUUACAUUCCUGCUGUUAGGCUGUGACUGAAUCACAUAUUUGGCUCCUUAUUUGUGCCAUAAAGAUUUGUCAGGUGAGAGUACCUAAACCUGACCUGCAGGAUCAUAAGAUGCCACAGUAAUGAGGGAGAGAGGAGUUAUCGACAGUGGCCCACUAGAUAACAUCUUCAUUGCAUGGAUGUUAAAAAAAAAAAAAGAAAAAAAACUACAGUCCAAUUGAGAAUUGUGACAGUAUUGUACUGCCAGUAUGGAGGGAAGUAUUUGAUAUAUUGUGUACAGUGAAUGUAUUAUGUGUUAAGUGCAUUAAAUUAUAUUUUCAUAUGUUUCUGGAGAAUUAAAAAAAUAUAAAUGUGUAUGACAAGGAAAAGGCAAGACCAGAGGUUGUUUUGGAAACUAAUGGUGUACUGUACUGUAUUUCUUCAAAAUUGCUGCUUCAUGUAAACUUUUAUUACGUUUAGAAUAAAAGUUCCUCUGAUGUGUGCCU